UGUACGACGAGUGGGUGCGACGGAAGCUGAUUAAGAAAUUAACAUGCUAGUUUAAUUGCAAGUCACGAUAAUGGCGCCCAGUGAACGUGUGCCACUGGCUGGCCUCCUGGUUGUUGCUGCAGACCGUAGACUUUGUCCAAGUCUUCCCAAGCAAAUUUCACAAUUUUAUUAUAAGCAAUGGAAGGGACAGAUUACUUAAAGAAAGAAGACUUGACCCAGAAGAACAAAGGAAAAAGGAGGAAUGAAUGGAAAGGAGACCCAAGGAGCUCCAUCGUGAGCAGCAAGCAGGUCUCCCUCCCCUCACCGCACCAGCGAGCCAAGCUCCAUCGUAACCAGCAGCACAAAUGGCGGAGGCGGUACUUCUUGCUCUCACAAAGAUUGGUAGCGUUUUAGCAGAUGAAACUGCCAAGGCCAUGGUGUGCAAAAUGUCUGAAAAAGUUAAUAAUCUGAGGGAUCUUCCAGACAAGAUUGAGCAAAUAAGGAAGCAACUAACAACAAUGAGCAAUGUUAUACGGCAGAUUGGCACGGUGUACCUCACCGAUGAAGUCGUCAGGGGUUGGAUUGGGGAGCUGCGGAAAUUGGCCUACCGCGUUGAGGAUGUAAUGGACAAAUACUCAUAUUACUCUAUCCAAAUGGAGGAAGAAUGGUUCCUGAAGAAGUAUUUCAUCAAAGGAUCGCACUAUGUCUUGUUGUUCAGUCAGAUAGCUGAAGAGGUGAUCAAGAUCGAGAUGGAGAUCAAGCAAGUUAUAGAGCUUAAGGAGCAAUGGUUGCAGCCAUGCCAGCUUGUUCCUGACCAGAUUACUGAGAUGGAAAGACAACGGUCCCAAGACAGCUUCCCACAACUUGUUAAAGAUGAAGAUCUUGUGGGGAUUGACGGCAAUAGGAGAAUGCUCACCGAAUGGCUAUAUUCUGAUGAGCUCGACAGCACAGUGAUAACGGUCUCAGGUAUGGGAGGAUUGGGAAAAAGCACCCUUGUUACAAAUGUCUAUGAACGCGAGAAGAUCAACUUUUCAGCUCAUGCAUGGAUGGCUGUGUCCCAGACGUACACUAUCGAUGCUCUGUUGAGGAAGCUACUAAGGAAAGUUGGUUCCGUGGAACAGCAAAUGUCAGCUAAUUACAUCAACAAAAUGGAUGUGUAUGACUUGAAAGAAGAAAUAAAACGAAGGCUCGAAAAUAAGAAAUGUUUGAUUGUACUGGAUGACGUCUGGAACCAAGAAGUGUACUUUCAAAUGCGUGAUGCAUUCCAGAAUCUCCAGGCAAAUCGCAUCAUCAUCACGACGCGGACGAAUCAUGUGGCUGCCCUUGCUCAACCAACACGUCGCCUUGAUCUCCAGCCUCUGAGCAUUACUGAUGCACUUGAUCUCUUCCGCAGAAGGGCUUUCUACAAUAAAAAGAACCAUGAGUGCCCUGCUGAGCUUGUGAAUGUUGCUACUAAUAUAGUGGAAAGGUGCCAGGGCCUGCCACUAGCAAUCGUAUCGAUAGGUAGCCUCUUGUCUUCGAGGCAAAGAACACACUACGUUUGGAAUCAAGUGUACAAUCAGCUUCCAAGCGAGCUAUCGAACAAUGACCAUGUCAGAGCAAUUUUGAAUCUGAGCUACCAUGAUCUAUCAGGAGACCUCAGAAAUUGCUUCUUGUACUGCAGCCUCUUCCCUGAAGAUUACCCAAUCUCACGUGAGAGCCUUGUGCGGCUUUGGGUCGCAGAAGGCUUUGUGCUGAGCAAAGGAGAAAACACACCAGAGGAGGUGGCCGAGGCGAAUCUCAUGGAACUAAUCCAACGCAAUAUGCUGGUAAUAAUGGAAAAUGAUGAGCAGGGAAGGGUGAGCACAUGUACGAUGCAUGAUAUUGUGCGAGAUCUGGCGCUUGCUGUCGCGAAAGAGGAGAGGUUUGGCACUGCAAGUGACUAUCGAGCAAUGGUACUGAUGGACAAGGAUAAGGAUGUUCGUCGCCUGUCAUCUUAUGGAUGGAAAGACAAUACUUCACUAAAAGUUAAACUUCCACGUCUUCGAACUCUAGUGUCACUCGGAACAAUUUCAUCCUCCCCGGACAUGUUAUCGUCAAUUCUGUCUGAAUCCAGCUACCUUACCGUUCUCGAGCUACAAGAUUCUGAAAUCACAGAAGUGCCAGCAUCUAUAGGGGCUCUGUUCAACCUGCGAUAUAUCGGCUUGCGGCGCACCAAGGUCAGAUCACUCCCAGACUCUGUUGAGAAGCUGUACAACCUCCACACUCUGGACAUCAAGCAAACCAAAAUAGAGAAGCUACCACGGGGGAUCACUAAGGCCAAGAAGCUACGACACCUUUUAGCCGAUAGAUAUGAUGAUGAGAAGCAGUCGGCGUUCCGGUACUUCAUUGGGAUGAAAGCACCUAAAGACCUCUCCAACUUGGAAGAACUGCAGACUCUUGAGACCGUGGAAGCCAGCAAGGACUUGGCUGAGCAGCUGAAGAAACUGAUGCAGCUAAGGAGCCUGUGGAUCGACAACAUUAGUGGUACCGAUUGUGCAGAUCUUUUUGCUACCCUGUCAGACAUGCCACUCCUUUCCAGCUUGCUUCUCUCUGCAAGGGAUGAGAAUGAGGCACUUUGCUUCGAAGCUCUCAAGCCAAAGCCUGCAUCACUCCUCCACAAGCUGAUUAUCAGAGGGCAAUGGGCCAUGGGGACACUGCAGUGCCCGAUAUUCCGUGGCCAUGGGACGCACCUCAAGUAUUUAGCUCUGAGCUGGUGUCACCUUAGGGAGGAAGAUCCACUGGAGAUGCUCGCACCCCACUUGCCAAACCUCACAAACCUUAGACUGAACAACAUGCGUAGUGCAAAGACUUUGGUUCUUUCUGCAGGAUCAUUUCCCCACCUGAAGAUAUUGGCCUUGAAGCAAAUGCCUAGUGUCAACCAGCUGGUGAUCGGAGAAGGCGCCCUCCGAUGCAUUGAAGGUCUGUACAUUGUGUCGCUUGCAGAGCUGGAUAAGGUCCCACAAGGCAUCGAAUCGCUUCUCUCCCUGAAGAAGCUCUGGCUGCUGAACCUGCAUGAGGGCUUCAAAGCUCAAUGGCGCGACAACGGUAUGCACCAGAAGAUGCAGCAUGUUCUCCAGAUUCGUGUCUAGGCGUGGCAGAUUGGUUGUUUCUUCUACAUUACUAUUCUUCUAUGGAUGUCGUACUUGCAUUGUAAUCCUCUCCAAUAAUAUGUCAUCAGUCAUUGACAUCUUCAGCAGCUCUACAUUUAUUUGCAUUUGGAUCAUAUUUUGGUGAUUGUAACACAAUUUAAUCAUGUAAUGUCCUUGUCAUUGCCUUUAGGAGGCCUCUGUAUUGGGACAGUCUUUCAUAUAGUGACCUGGUUGAUGGUAGAUA